GGCAGGGAUCUUCAGAUAGUUCAUAUUAGUAUGCAAGCAUCCUCAGGUAAUGCAGAUUCAAGUUUGUUCAUAUCAUGGCUGCGGAGGCUAGGGUGAGGCCACAAUAGGGAACCAAGUUUUAUAUUGGAGUAUACAGGACAAGUUUUAGAUAAAAAAUUUCUCGAGAGGAACCGGACCGUUGUUAGUGAUAUUACUGUGCAAGCAUCCUUAGGUAGUGCAAAGUCCAAUUUGCGGUUCUCGGAGGUUGAAUGAGGCCACAAUAGGGGAUCAACAUCUUACAUGGGAAUAAUAGUAAAAGGUCUUUAAAAUCAAUGCCUGGGAGGUAGGUUUGGGCCGCAGUACGGAUUCAAAGUUUUACAUGAGAGUGUAUUGUGGAAAAUUUGAAUUUUGUAAAAAGUAUAUAUUGAUCAUGGGGUAAGGGUGGGGCUAAAAUAGGGAAUAUUUUUUUUUUUUUUUUUUUUUACAUGAUACACGAAUAAAGGGAAUAUAAGGUAUCCCUAUUUUGUGUGGAUUUAUGUACAGGUAGGUUAAAUCAUAACCCCCUUUGUCUUAGGUGAGGGCAUAACAAGAGUUCAAAAUCUUUCGUGGGAAUAAAGAGGGUAAACAACCUUUUAUAUAGUCUUCAGAAGAAUAGCAGGACCAGAUUGACGCAGGUAAGCGUUGUGACCAAUGGGCCUCUUGUUUGUAUUUUCAAGAAUGAUUUUUUAAAUCGCAAACUUUGUGACAGCGUUAACGACUGAAAACACGCAGCUGUACAUAUAUGACCUCUGCACUUUCGUCUUGAUAUACUGACACUCGGGGAAUCUUGCACAGUUUGGGAACACUGAUUAGAUAAAUUGACGAUGAGGUUACUCACCUUCUUUAUUGCGGUCCUCUACACUUACUGUGAUGCCACAAUUCAGCUAACAAAGCAGUCCUACAUGAAAUUCCCCUACCAGUUUUCCAAUGGUGAUCCAUCCAAUCCGAGAUACGGACUUUUCCAAAAUGCAGCUCACAAGGCCACCUACCACACUGUUGAUAAAAUUCUAUAUGUUGCUUCUGCGCGAUCAACAGAAAAGUACCUACACAUCAUUGACAUGAAUAAACCGGCCAGUCCAACUAUCCUGAUGACCCACGUGUUCAGUGACGCUGUAGACGGUAUGAUCACUGCAGUGGAGGCGUGUCCAGACACAAUUGCAGUGGCACUGUCCGCCGCGGACCCAGUAUCCGAAGGUCACGUGGAGCUUUUCACUCCAUAUAAUAGAGCAGAUCGUGUGUUUUCUAGACUUGGUCGAAUACCUGUUGGAGUUCAUCCAAAAGAUUUGUCUUACACCACGGAUUGUACUCGACUGGUUGUUGCCAAUGCUGGUCCUGCUACAAUAGAUCCAUCAUCAAACAGUUUUGCAGACCCUGAGGGUACAGUAACAAUAAUCACCAGAAAUGAUCAGGGAUUUCCCAUGGAGAUCAACAUUGAUUUCACUCAGUUGAAUGAAAAAGAUGAAGAUUACAUGAGGAACGGCGUCCGAUAUGUCUUCCGUGGGGACCAUGAUAAGGGAGUAGUCAAUACUUUUUCACAGGAUCUCGAGCCCGAGUCAAUAACCAUCAGCAACGAUGACAGAUUCGCUUUUAUUUCAUGCCAGAGAAAUAAUGCUAUAAUGAAAAUUGACUUGGUGCAUCCGAGGAUCAUAGAGCUUUAUGCUUUGGGAGUCAAGAACUGGACAAGUUAUACGUUGGAUGCCAGUGAUCAAAAUACUGCUGCACACCUGCGUCAUCACACAGUCUACUCAUUCUACCAACCUGGAAAACUUGCGUUUGGGUUAGUCGAUGGUAAAGGAUAUGUCCUGUCCGCCGACACUGGAAAAAUCACAACUUAUACGUCAUCGUCACAAGGUUAUGACUUCAGCGAUGCCCUUAGAGGAAGAGAAGCUUGGAAUGGCGGAACAUUUGACAAGACCACGAUGAAUCCCACACUCCAAGCAGAAAUCCAGGAUAACCAACAGCUGGGCAGGGUAUACUUGAGUAUAAAGGAUGAAUUCAACAUCUAUGAUAAAAUUGAAGACGUUUUUCUGUUUGGCGGGCGUGGUAUUUCUUUGUGGGACUCUACAACUAUGGCCCACGUCUUUGACAGUGGGGACGACCUAGAGAUGAGGGCCUCCAUGAGCUACGCAUCCACAUUUAAUGGAGAUUGUAGCAAUGCUAAUAGUUCUCCGCUUCAACAGGUUGAUCAGAGGUCGGAUGAUAUGGGCCCAGAGUCCAGUGCCAUGGCUGUGGGUACCGUGGGGACGACGCCGGUUCUAAUUGUUGGCUCCAGGAUGGGUGUCUUGUACGUCUUCAACAUGAGAGGUAUCAGUGCUAAUUUUGAGAGCAUUCACCGUGAGGGUAGAACAGACGACACCUGGAACAACCUGUACAAUGCCGAUGCAGCUGGAGAUCAAGGUGUCUCCGAUAUUGGAUUUGUUGGUGCACAGGACAGUUCCUCUGGAGUUCCUUUUAUUUACGUCAUCGGACAAGCUACCGGCUCACUCUCCAUUUACUCUGUGGAAGACGUAUCCUGAAGUUUGAUAUUAAAUGUUAAGUCUAAGGGCAAAUGUU